AUGCUCCGCCCGGGCGUGCAGCGGCUGCGGGGCCUCCCGCUGCGGGGCUUGGGGCUGCCCGGCUCCCCGCGCCGCUCGCUCUCUGUCGGCGGCCACGAAGGAAAGGACAACCCACCCUUACCUGCAGAAACAAGAUGGAAAGACAGAGCAGAGACAGUGAUCAUUGGAGGUGGCUGUGUUGGUGUGAGUCUGGCUUAUCACCUGGCCAAAGCAGGGAUGAAGGACGUGGUCCUCCUGGAGAAAUCGGAGCUCACUGCUGGAUCUACCUGGCACGCAGCAGGUUUAACGACUUACUUUCAUCCUGGAAUAAACUUGAAGAAAAUACACUAUGAUAGUAUCAAACUUUAUGAGAAACUGGAAGAAGAAACUGGACAGGUGGUGGGAUUCCAUCAGCCAGGUAGUAUCAGAAUUGCUACAACUCCUGUAAGGGUAGAUGAAUUUAAAUAUCAAAUGACUCGGACUGGCUGGCAUGCAACAGAACAGUAUAUUAUUGAACCUGAGAAAAUUCAAGAGAUGUUCCCUUUACUCAACAUGAACAAGAUUUUAGCUGGGCUGUAUAAUCCUGGAGAUGGUCAUAUUGAUCCUUACUCUCUAACUAUGGCUCUGGCUGCUGGGGCUAGGAAAUAUGGUGCCCUUUUAAAAUAUCCUGCACCGGUGACUUCUCUGAAACCCAGGUCAGAUGGAACAUGGGAUGUUGAAACACCACAGGGAUCUAUGAGAGCAAAUAGGAUUGUGAAUGCUGCAGGAUUUUGGGCUCGUGAAAUUGGUAAAAUGGUUGGACUAGAACAUCCUCUCAUUCCGGUUCAGCAUCAGUAUGUUGUCACUUCGACUAUCCCUGAAGUAAAAGCUUUGAAACGAGAACUCCCUGUGCUCCGUGACCUGGAAGGCUCUUACUACCUCCGGCAGGAAAGGGAUGGGCUCCUGUUUGGUCCAUAUGAAAGUCAGGAGAAAAUGCAAGUUCAGGACUCCUGGGUCACCAGUGGAGUCCCUCCAGGGUUUGGAAAGGAACUCUUUGAGUCAGAUCUGGACCGGAUCAUGGAACACGUCGAAGCUGCCAUGGAAAUGGUUCCGGUCUUGAAGAAGGCUGACAUCAUCAAUAUUGUCAAUGGUCCUAUCACCUAUUCCCCUGACAUUCUGCCUAUGGUGGGUCCUCAUCAAGGGCUCAGAAACUACUGGGUGGCUAUUGGCUUUGGAUACGGCAUCAUCCACGCCGGGGGGAUAGGGAAAUAUCUCAGUGACUGGAUCCUGCAUGGAGAGCCUCCUUUUGACCUAAUAGAAUUGGAUCCCAAUCGAUAUGGCAAAUGGACGACCACUCGGUACACUGAGGCCAAAGCAAGAGAGUCGUAUGGAUUCAACAAUAUUGUUGGGUACCCUAAGGAAGAACGGUUUGCUGGGAGGCCCACUCAGCGAGUCAGUGGGCUUUACAAAACCCUGGAGUCUAAAUGUUCCAUGGGAUUCCAUGCGGGCUGGGAACAGCCACACUGGUUCUACAGACCGGGCCAGGACACCGGGUACAGGCCAAGUUUUCGCCGCACAAACUGGUUUGAGCCAGUGGGCUCUGAGUAUAAACAAGUUAUGCAAAGAGUAGGGGUGAUUGACCUGACACCAUUUGGCAAGUUUAACAUUAAAGGCCAAGAUUCUACUAGAUUGUUGGACCAUCUCUUUGCAAAUGUCAUUCCAAAGGUGGGUUUUACAAAUAUAAGUCACAUGUUAACACCAAAAGGUCGAGUGUAUGCUGAGCUGACUGUAUCUCACCAGUCUCCUGGGGAGUUUCUAUUAAUAACUGGUUCUGGAUCAGAACUUCAUGAUCUUAGAUGGAUUGAAGAAGAGGCAGUCAAAGGUGGAUAUGAUGUUGAAAUUAAAAACAUAACUGAUGAGCUUGGAGUCCUUGGGGUUGCAGGGCCACACGCGAGAAAGGUCCUUCAGAAACUGACCUCUGAAGAUCUUAGUGAUGAUGUCUUCAAGUUUCUUCAAACCAAGUCUUUAAAGGUUUCCAACAUUCCUGUCACUGCUAUUAGGAUAUCUUAUACUGGUGAGCUGGGUUGGGAGCUGUACCACAGACGAGAAGAUUCUGCGGCGCUGUAUAACGCCAUCAUGGAUGCAGGCCAGGAGGAGGGAAUUGACAAUUUUGGCACAUAUGCCAUGAAUGCCCUAAGACUGGAGAAAGCUUUCAGAGCCUGGGGCUCCGAGAUGAACUGCGAUACAAACCCCUUGGAAGCUGGUUUGGAAUAUUUUGUAAAGCUCAAUAAGCCCGCAGACUUCAUAGGAAAGCAAGCACUGAAACAGAUUAAAGCCGAGGGGUUGAAACGGAGGCUGGUCUGCCUCACCUUGGCCACGGACGACGUGGAUCCGGAGGGAAACGAAAGCAUCUGGCACAAGGGCAAGGUGGUUGGAAACACGACCUCUGGAAGCUACAGUUACAGCAUCCAGAAGAGCCUGGCCUUCGCAUACGUCCCCGUAGAGCUCAGUAAGGUAGGACAACAAGUGGAAGUUGAGCUACUAGGCAAACAUUACCCAGCAACCAUCAUUCAAGAACCCUUGGUAUUGACCGAACCAACCAGAAACCGACUUCAGAAAAAAGGUGGAAAGGACAAAAUUUGA